ACCUCGGCGAGACAACAACUUUAUUUAUUACGAUUGAGAAAGCGUCAACAUUUUUGGUCCACCGAACCGGGUCUUCGCGAAAGGUGUGAUUCACAAAUCACAAAAGCAAAUCGUGUGAAACGAUAUCGUGAAGAAGAAUCAGUGAGAUAUGCUAGGAGACUCGCCGUAAAAUCUGUGGAGUGCUAGUCAUUUGGAGCGCGUUAGAACAGUGAUUGCAGCAAGAAAGGUCGCCAUCGCGAUCGCAAAGGUUAUUAACCGCUAGAAGGGCAUUGCUCUAACACUACCGUAAACCCAAGUGAAGCCGACGAGUGAAGUGUUGUGGUGCGUCUACGAAGUAAAAAUGCCAAACGAAAAUCAGAUAAAUAAACAAGCCAGAAAGCUCCGGGAUGUGAUGACUCACAUAAACGAUAUGAUGGAGUUUAUUAACAAGUUCGACGCGGCGAAACAUGUAAACCAAAUUCCAAGCCGGCUAGAAGAUUUGGAGCAAACUAAAAUGGAGUUUCGUUCAAUUCGUGAUAUAUUAGUGCACCAAGCCGAAGAUACCGAAAUGAUUGAAUCGCUUGCAGCCGAUCGUCGUGAGUUUGAACAGAAAUAUCACGAGAUAAAGGGUUUCUUUUCCGCGUCCAAUCCAGACCGACGAACAGCGACAAGCGAACAGUACAUUAGUUCAUCAUUUAAUACAACUCAGCCAAAGGUGCGGUUACCGAAAAUUGAGCUGCCAACAUUCGAUGGUGACACAACAAAAUGGCUAACGUUCAAGGAUAGAUUCGAGUCGCUUGUGCAUACUGCCUCUGAUGUACCAGAAGUAUUGAAGCUGCAGUAUUUGUUAUCUGCCUUAAAGGGUGAAUUGGCCAGCCAAUACGACCACACACAGCACACGGCAGAUAAUUAUGAGCCAACAUGGGAUUCUCUGGUAAAACGAUUUGAUCAUGAGAAACGUAUUAAAAGAGAAUAUUUCAAGGCGUUCGCUGCGCUGGAGGCGAUGAAAAAUAGUUCGGCAGAUGAGUGGCAGCACAUAGUGAACGAGAGCAAUCGACUAGUGAACGGAAUGGAACGACUUGAGGAACCCGUGAAAAUGUGGAACACGCCGUUGACCAGCUUGCUGUUCUACAAACUGGAUGGUGACACGUUGAUGGCAUGGGAGGAAUAUUCUGCGGAUGAGAAGGCGGACAAAUUUCCGAAGCUAAUUGAGUUUCUCGAACGAUGGAUCAGGAUCCUCAAUUCAUCGAAGGUCGGAGAGGAAGGUGCUUUUGACAAGAAGGCUGCUACAAAUGCGAAGGUAACCAGAAACUACGUAAGGGGUGUAUCCAUGGUGGCCGGCCUUCCUGCAGGAAUGCGACACAGCAUUGAUCAAGUCGCAUCUAGCUCGUCUCCGACACCUAGUUCGCGACCAUGUGAGAUCGCCAUUGAAAUGCCUACGAUGCCGAAGAAGACACCACACGAAGUUGUGUGAUAUGGAAGAAACAACACAACAUGGCAUACCAGCCGUAACAAAAACCGAUUCAGCAUCGAAAACAGCACUAUUGGCGACAGCACAGGUUUGGUUGACUAAUUCCUUUGGUGAAUCGAUUUUAGCUCGAGCGUUGCUGGACCCGGAGUCGCAACUAAACAUCAUGUCAGAAAGUGUUGUACAACUAUUAAAGCUAGAGAGGAAAAACACUCACACAUCACUAUCUGGCGUAGGACAAAUUCCAGUUGCUUCCAAAGGGGUAACGACGUGUACAAUACGCUCAAGAGUGUCUAAGUCCGAAGGCACGUUUGAAUUUUUGGAAAACC